AUGUACCUCUCACGCUCAUUCGCCCUCUCCGGGCUUGCAGCCACUCUUCUGCCCCAGGCUUUGGCGCAGACCUGGACUUCUUGCAACCCUCUCAACACCACCUGCGACAACAACCCUGCCCUCGGUACAAAUGCCACCUUCCACUGGAACAAGACGCAGGCCGACUCGGACCUGUGGACGAAGACUGCAGGGACCAUUGACUUCACCACCAGAGGUGGUGAAUUUACUAUCGGUGGCCAGGGUGACUCGGUGUCCAUCAUGUCCAGCUUCUACAUCUUCUUCGGCCGUGUCGAGAUCGUCAUGAAGCCGUCGCCCGGCCAGGGCAUCGUCAGCAGUAUCGUGCUGCAGUCGGAGGACUUGGACGAGAUCGACAUCGAGUGGAUCGGUGGAAACAACACCCACUGGCAGUCUAACUACUUCGGCAAGGGCAACACGACGACUUACGACCGUGCGGUCUGGCACCCGAUCGAGGACCCGCAGAACGUGUGGCACAACUACACAAUCGAUUGGACCAAGGAAAAGCUGGAGUGGUGGGUCAACGGCGAACUCAUCCGCACGCUCAAGUACGAGGACGCAAACAACGGCGACAACUACCCGCAGACGCCGAUGAACCUGCGCCUCGGCAACUGGCCCGGCGGUGAUCCCGACAACAACAACAUCGGCACCGUCGAGUGGGCCGGUGGCGAAGUGCUGUGGCACGAUGCGCCCUUCACCAUGACCAUCCGCGACGUCUACAUCGAGGACUACAGCGAAGGCAAAGAGUACAAGUGGGGAGACAUGACGGGCAGCUACGAGAGCAUCGAAGCCAUCAACGGCACUUCGGCGGCCUACGACGAGCUGUACGGCGUGCACGGCGUGUCGGGCCACUGGGCGGCGAUGCCGGCGUCAACGCGCGGCGGCAUCAUCGCAGGCGCGCUCGGCGGCUUCGCCGUGUGCGCGGGCGCAUUCAUCUUCUGGUGCCUGAAGAAGCGCAACCAGGGCGCCAAGGCGCACAAGCUGGAGGACGACACCUGGCAGAAGGAGCAGGAGGAGCUGCUCGAGUACAAGUCGCAGUACCAGCGCAUGCGCGGCGACAGCUCUGACGUGCACCGCCCUCUACACCGACUCCGCCUGCGCCCUUCCCGGAUUCGGCGCCGCCCGGACGCUUCUGCUCGCUCGGGAGCCGUCACCGGUGAUGGUCGCGCUUCGCACGUGCUGCCAUCGAGACCGCCUGCCAACCCGCCGAUCCGCAAGCUGACCGUCACCAUGGACCAGCCAGACGCCGACCCUGCCUCCGCGCAUCCUAACCCUGAAAAUCCCCCCAGCUACCCCAUGGACCCGCGUGAGGAUGCACUGCUACCUCCCGGCAUCCUGGAUCCGGGCUUGGCCGCCGAUUGGGCUCCGACCACCGUCCCGCCUGUCAAUGAUUUCUUGCCCCCCGCCGACGGCGCCGAGAAGGAUGCUAGCCCGGUGAAUCUUGACGACGGUGAUGAGGAACCUGCUGAACCCAAGUCUUUCGAGCGCUCCAACAGCCCCGCCCAGAUGCUCCGCACCCGCGCCGUGGCCUACGAGAAGGUGGGCGAGGACGGCAUCAACAAGAUGCACAAGUUCACUCUCUACGAGACCAGCCACCGCUUCUACCUGGUUGGUGCCGACGUCCUGGACAUGCAGUUCCGCAUCCUGAAGAUUGACCGCACCGCCCCGCCCGGCCACCUUAAUAUCUUUGAGGAUGACAACGUCUACGACCGCAAGGACAUGAACCAGCUCUUGAACACCAUCGAUGAAGGCAACAAGGGCUCCGGCGGCCUGAAGCUGAAGUGCGUCGCGUGGGGCCUGCUGGGCUUCAUCCGCUUUACCGAGGCCUACUACAUGCUGGUCAUCACCAAGAGAACUGCCGUCGCCAUGCUCGGAGGGCACUACAUCUACCAGAUAGACGGCACCGAGAUGAUCCCGUUAACCACCGGUCCCACUUCUCGCUUUGCCAAAGACCGGAAUCCCGAGGAAGCAAGGUUCCUUAGCAGCCUCAAUAACCUGGAUCUGACCCGCUCCUUCUAUUUCAGCUACGCCUACAAUGUGACCAGAUCCCUUCAGCAGAACAUCAUUCGUGAGCGGGAAGCUCUGUGCAAGGGCCACCAAUUUCCCAAGGCCGACUUCCAAGAAAUGUUUGUCUGGAACCACUACCUCCUUGAGCCUGCACGCGGUGCUUUGAAGAACACCUAUGACUGGUGCUUGCCCAUAAUCCAUGGCUUUAUCGACCAGUCCACUUUGGACAUCUUCGGACGUCGCGUCUACAUAACGAUCAUUGCAAGGCGGUCGAGAUACUUUGCUGGUGCCAGAUUUCUGAAGCGUGGCGCAAACGAUCUCGGCUACGUUGCGAACGAUGUAGAGACCGAGCAAAUCAUUUCCGACCUGCUGACCACGUCAUUCCAUGCUCCUGGGCCACGCUUGUACGCUAAUCCCACCUAUACAUCGUACGUCCAGCAUCGAGGCAGUAUCCCCUUGUACUGGACUCAGGACAAUAGCGGUGUGACUCCCAAGCCCGAUAUCGACCUGAACCUUGUGGAUCCAUUUUACAGCGCUGCCGCCUUCCACUUCGACAACCUUUUCGAGCGGUAUGGCGCGCCUUGCUACGUCCUGAACCUCAUCAAAGCAAGAGAGCGCACUCCUCGUGAAUCCAAAUUGCUACACGAGUUCAAGAAAGCCGUCGAUUACCUGAAUCAAUCCUUACCCGCAGACAAAAAGAUCGACUACAAGGCAUUCGACAUGAGCAGAGCAUCAAAAACGCGCGGCAUGGAUGUCAUUGGAAGUUUAGAGAUGAUUGCUGAAGACGUGCUUCAAAAAACGGGCUUCUUCCACAAUGGAGAUGCGGAGCGGGACAUGCCACAAGUCCAGAACGGUGUGGCAAGAACCAACUGCAUUGAUUGCCUUGACCGGACGAAUGCUGCGCAAUUUGUCAUUGGCAAACGUGCUCUCGGUCGGCAGCUUCAAGCGCUGGGAGUCAUAUCUGGCAACACCGUCGAGUACGAUUCCGAUGCUGUCAAUAUCUUCACAUAUAUGUUCCAUGAUCACGGUGACACCAUCGCCAUCCAGUACGGCGGCUCGCACCUCGUUAAUACAAUGGCGACAUAUCGGAAGAUCAACCACUGGCAAAGCCAUUCUAGAGAUAUGGUGGAGAGCUUCAAGCGAUAUUACCACAACUCUUUUCUAGACUCGCAGCGGCAAGAAGCAUACAACCUGUUUCUAGGAAACUACCAAUUCGCCCAAGGCCAGCCGAUGCUCUGGGACCUCGCCACGGACUACUACUUGCACCACACCGACCCCAGACAAUGGCCGAUGAAAAAGCGAAAAGACUACAUCAACUGGUUCACGCCGGAGUUCCUGGAACCCCGUGUUUUGCCUCCGUGCAGCAGACCGGCGCCGAAUGGGGCAGCUGACAUGACUGAGGCCUUCGACGACUACUGGCUAGAGUACUACCGCCCUCUAGCACUGUCGUCGAUCGCAAAAAUCUUCACAUUCAAGAUGAAUACGACUCCGAGAUUGGUGUCGGAGAAGCCUGGUGGCGGCAAAUCCUACGAUCUCAGUCCUUUCACGCCUCGAAAGCCUGUUCCACAUGAGAUUGAGCCGCCUGAGAAGAAGGUCGCAACCAGAAAGGGGGUUACUAUUCUUGAUCCACAUAGUGAAGAAGAAUCCAUGCGGGAGGGAUCAAUUCCCAUGUCCAGAGGUCCGUCUGCACCAGGCGGUCUCCUCGAGGGCUCUCCCGCAAAGCAAAGUAUCCUACGAGAUCCUCAUUUCGAACUCGGUGUGCCCUCACACUCGUCCACCACACUUACCGAUUUCUCCUCGUUUAAGCCACCCGAUAAAUCACAAAUGGCGCAAUGGACGCUCAACCAAUUCCACCACAGCUCGCUCAACCCGUCCGUAACAGUGGCGGAGGCAUCGGAGUAUGAAAGAUACAUCAGUCAUCCGCUCAAUCUUCCACUCGUCGUGUCAACCGAAUUACCGGAUGACUUUUCCAACAUGGAUUUUGUUGAGUAUGUCAACAGCGUGAACGGUGCAACGGGCGAUGGCAGGAACUGGGAAGUUAGUGGGGAUGAGCUUGCCGAAUACAUAGAUUUCCUGAAUGUGCCGGAAAAUCCGUUGACGGUCAUUGAGGAAGAUGGCGAGAAGAAGCGCUAUAAGAGAUACAGGCAAUGGCUCAGGGGGAAGAGUCUUUUCAAGCAAAGCAAGGUUGAUCCGGAGUAUCGUUAG